GUUUAAUGCUUCGUUUCUCCCUCGUCCGGACUCCAUAUUAGUCGUCGUUUGAACCCAAACGCUCGUAGUCUCGUCCUCUUUCUUUUCAUAACAAACUUCCAUGAUUAUUUGUCCAUAAAAUGAGGUAGAAAUCCAUUAUUCCUCAGGUCAUGCUCGUGUUUCUUCUCCCGAAUUGCCAAAUGAAUUCCGAUCGACUUGAAACUUGCGCCUUUGCUCCAAUUUACAUGCUAGGACCUGAAAUGUGACAAAGGAACACAACCUAGCGUAAAAUAUUCCAAGAAGGUAAAAACUAAAGCCAAAAUGAUCAAGAAACGAGGGUGCAAACAUGUGAAAAUACGAUGUUAUCAGGUUUCAGUAUCAAUCCUCCUACUAUCAAGAACAAUCAGACCCCUGGUCAUUUCAAGAACAAUCUCCUUAUCAAGAGGAAUUUCUCCUACAAACAGAAGGGCCAUCGGAGCUGGAUUUAGCCAUGGAAACCUUCACGGGCCAUUCUGCAGAGCCAUGCCACACUCCAUGGCCAGAUCCAAACUAUGAAUUAAGGCUUCUCGUGGAGCAGUUUGCUCGAGACACUGAGAGAUCAUACUCCAAGAUGGAUCUUUGUACCCAGGCCUAUCAUGAAACGGAGGAGAUCCUCAUGAGCAUUAAGAAGAGCCUCGAGGAUCUUGAGAAAUCUUAUGCACAACCUGCUCAAGAUCACCCUUCUGCUACUAUACUAGAAGAGGAGGAGGAAGACGAAGGCUACAAAGACAUUGUGGAGCAGAAAGAAGUUGUCACGGAGAGCUCCCGUGAUGAUCAUGAUAAAAAAUGUCUUGUCGUAGCCGACCACACCUUCCCACAUCCCACACCGAGCUUUGAAGAGGUGGGCAUGAGCAAGGAGAUUCAAUAUGAUCUCAUGAAAGAAAUUGCUUGGUGACUUGCUCUCCAAUCCGUACUAGAAGAAGAAGAGCAAGAAAGGAUGGGGAAAGAAGUUGUGGAGGAUGAUGGAAGUGAAUUAGAGGAAGUUCUUGAUGUUUUCCCAGGGGCAAUACCACAUUUUGAAGAAGGAAGGGGGGUUGAAAGAGCAAUUGGCGUCCAUGCGGGGGAUGAAGUUGACGUGGAAGAGGCUUGCACCGACUCUAUGUUACAAGUAAUAUCCCCACCAAACUUCGAGGAACUGCUUGGCAAUGACCCGUUUGUAGUGUCUCUUUGCCACACCAAGGCCACAUCGACACCGGUCCCCCUUAGUGGAUGCAAUGGUGGUCAGUUGAUACGGUUAUAUCUGGUUUGGGGCAAUGAGACAAGAGAAGAAACGAAGAAGAGGUCUCGAGGGUGGAGACUUUAGCUGCAUCAAGUGCACGAUCCUUCAUCACAUGUCAUACCACAUGCUCGUGACUUGAGACUCCACCUCAUCGACGAGAACCUCAACUUCAAAGAGUUUUUGGGGUGGACCAAAACUUAGGAGUCAUCGUCCGGCUCACGACGUGAAAGAAGCGCUUAUUGGGAUGCAACCCAACUAGUCAGUUUGCAUUUCUUUCCCUAUUUAUCCUCAGUUGAUUCAGUUUUGUUCUUUGAUUUUAGAGUUAAUAACUCAACCUUUGUGAGAUUUUGUGUGGUGUUUGUGUUCCGACUACUCUCUCCUCCUGGAAUGCACCACCUGCCCCGUCCACCAUCAUUCACACUUGAUCUGGUAACUUCGUUCUACCCUCCUUAUCUUUUCUCCAUUAAGGACAAUGUCGUUCUUAAGUGUGUGUGUGUGUGUGUGGGGGGGGGGGGGGGGGGGAUGUUCGAUUAUAUAUGCGUGUCAAUGUUUGGUUGUAUGUGUGUGCUUGGAGCCUAGUCCACUGUCCAAAUCUUUAAAUUUGAGGGCUACAAGUACGCGUUCCUUGCAAUUUCCUGCUCAGUAUGCUUUGAAUUGACAGCCUUUAUAGUACUAUGCAACCUAGGGAGGUAGUUGUAGCACUAUGGAGGAUGCUGAAGUAUAAGAUUUUUCCUAUCUGUCUCCUUGCCGUGUCGGUUGAUUGUGUGAACUAGUGGCUUUAGAACCUUUGAUUAAUGUGAUAUAGAUGACUUCCAUUGUGUUUGGACUUUUGUAUCAUGAGAAGGUGCGCAGUGUACUUAAUGAAAUGCAGUCGGUCCUCCAUGGCAAUAAUCUGACAUCUUAAACAUGGGGUAAGCCCAACGUGUGUGACACAGUUCAUUGCACAAAAUCGGGUUUUGGAAGAGAUUUUAGUGAUCCUUAGUGGGGUGCUCCUACAAGGUGAAGCUAAGUUGUCUCCAGUACAAAUAAAAUUUUUCACCCUUUGAACGGUUUGCCUACUCGAGGAUGUGUUUUUUAAGGGCACAGAUAGAGCUUCCGACCCACCUUAGUUUCAUUGACUCUCCGCACGAGUUGAGGAAAAGGAGUUAAAAGAAGUACUCUGGCGAGUGGCAGAUGUACAUAAAUUGCUCUUGCUCAACCAAUUAGGGUCAAUCGUGCACAAAAACUGCAGUUGGAACCCCCACAAAGUAUGAAUGAGGAAAACAAAAGAAACAUAAAAUGAAGUGCAAAAAGGGGUUCCAACGAUUUUAAUGAAUGGAAGAGCACCCGAUACGAUGAGUCCUUGGUCGUGGAAUUUUAUGAGUAUCCUUAUACAUGAAUUGGCUGUCUUAGUUCAACUGCUUCUCAUGAUUCUGGCUUGGGUCUAGCACUCGCAUUAAGAGGGACGUCUUAGAAGACAAGUUGAACUCGUAAGUUGCUAAUUGAUCUAGGAAAUCAUCUACCGACGAUUGAGGUUGCGUGUUACUAUAAAGGUAUGGAGAUUUG